AGCGCGCGCGCGCGCGCGGCGGCUACGGCGGCGGCGGCGGAGGUCACGGGGCCAGGAGGUCCCAGGCGGUGCUGCCACCCGAGCCCACAGCCGCGCCGGGGGACGAAAGUCGGAGGACGACCUCACCUCGUCGGCGGCGUGGAGCCUGCACUCUCUCGGCGCCGCUGUUUCUUCCUUUUUUGGCGCUGGGGCCUGAACCCACGAGCGCUUUACCACCUCCAUCCCCAACCCCUUUGAUUUUGAGCCAGGGCUUGAGCUUACGGUCCUCGUGCCUCAACCUCCUGAGUCUCUGGGAUUGCAGGAGAGUGUGUCUUGUGAUGUUGAUGCCUCAGAGCUGAAACCAUGAGUGAAUUUCGGAUUCAUCAUGAUGUCAAUGAGCUGCUCAGCUUGUUGCGUGUCCACAGUGGAGAUGGAGCUGAGGUCUACAUCGAUCUGCUGCAGAAGAACCGGACCCCGUAUAUCACAACCAACGUCUCUGCCCACAGUGCCAAGGUCAAAAUUGCAGAAUUUUCUCGUACUCCUGAAGAUUUUCUAAAGAAAUACGAUGAGCUGAAGUCUAAAAAUACAAGGAACCUUGACCCUCUGGUGUAUUUGUUGUCAAAGUUCACAGAAGACAAAGAGACUCUGCAGUAUUUGCAGCAGAAUGCAAAAGAAAGAGCUGAGCUUGCAGCCACUGCUGCAGUCACCAGCACUACCACUUUCGGCGGCCCUGCAACAGCCUCCAAGAUGUCCAUGCAGGAGCUUGAAGAGCUGAGGAAGCAGCUGGGCAGUGUGACCACAGGCUCCACACUACAGCAGUCUCUGGAACUUACAAGAAAGAUGCUUCGAGACAAGCAAAACAAAAAAAAUUCAGGCCAGCAGCUCCCCGUCUUCCCAGCUUGGGUGUAUGAGAGACCAACUCUGGUCGGGGAUUUCCUAACUGGCUCCAGCUUGAGCUCAGAUGUGGCUUUACCCAUAGGCACGCUGCCAUUGGCCUCCCAGGAGUCAGCUGUGGUAGAGGACCUGCUCUACGUGCUGGUGGGUGUUGAUGGCAGGUACAUCACUGCCCAGCCCCUGGCUGGGAGACAGAACCGCACUUUCCUUGUGGACCCCAACCUGGACCUGUCCAUCCGGGAGCUGGUGAACAGAAUCCUCCCUGUGGCCGCCAGCUACUCCACCGUGACCAGGUUCAUUGAAGAAAAAUCUUCCUUUGAAUAUGGGCAGGUGAACCAUGCCCUGGCGGCUGCCAUGAGAACCCUGGUAAAGGAGUACCUUAUUCUGAUCACUCAGCUGGAGCAGCUCCACAGGCAGGGCCUGUUGUCACUGCAGAAGCUCUGGUUCUACAUCCAGCCAGCCAUGCGCACUGUGGACAUCUUGGCCUCCCUUGCCACCUCGGUGGAUAGAGGCGAGUGCAUGGGCGGGUCUACACUGAGCCUUCUGCACGACAGGAGCUUCAACUAUACGGGGGACAGCCAGGCGCAGGAGCUGUGCCUGUACCUGACCAAGGCGGCCAGUGCGCCCUACUUUGAGGUCCUGGAGAAGUGGAUCUACAGGGGCAUCAUCCAUGACCCUUACAGUGAGUUCAUGGUGGAAGAGCAUGAGCUACGGAAGGAGAAGAUUCAGGAAGACUACAACGACAAGUAUUGGGACCAGCGAUACACCGUGGUGCAGCAGCAGAUCCCGUCCUUCCUGCAGAAGGUGGCCGGCAAGAUCCUCAGCACAGGUGACUCCAUGAUUGACCUGAUGCCUCAUGACCUCAUCACUCAGCUCUUGCGGGUUCUGGCCAUCGAGACCAAGCAGGAAAAGGCAAUGACCCAUGCUGAUCCCACUGAGCUCACACUGAGUGGCCUGGAGGCCUUCUCCUUUGACUAUAUCGUCAAGUGGCCCCUGUCACUGAUCAUCAACAGAAAGGCACUGACUCGCUACCAGAUGCUCUUUAGGCACAUGUUCUACUGUAAGCACGUGGAGCGGCAGCUGUGCAGUGUUUGGAUCAGCAACAAGACGGCCAAGCAGUGCGCCCUGCAUUCUGCAAAGUGGUUCGCAGGAGCCUUCACUCUGCGGCAGCGGAUGCUCAACUUUGUUCAGAACAUCCAGUACUACAUGAUGUUUGAAGUGAUGGAGCCAACCUGGCACAUCCUUGAGAAAAACCUCAAGUCCGCCUCCAACAUCGACGAUGUCCUUGGCCACCACACGAGCUUCUUGGACACCUGCCUGAAGGACUGCAUGCUGACUAAUCCUGAGCUGCUGAAGGUCUUUUCCAAGCUCAUGUCUGUGUGCGUCAUGUUCACCAACUGCAUGCAGAAAUUUACACAGAGCAUGAAACUGGAUAGUGAGCUGGGCCGGCGGGCACUGGAACAGGGCACCAUGCUGGGGCCACCCACAGAGUCUGAGCAGGCUGAGGAGCACCCCCGGAAGGAGACUGCCAGAAAGUGCCUGGCUGAGCACAUGGAUGCCCCUCAUCUGGUCUCUGGCUUUGAGGCCACCAUCAACAGCUUUGAUAAGAACUUCUCCGCCCACCUGCUAGACCUGCUGGCCCGUCUGAGUGUCUACAGCACUAGCGACUGUGAGCAUGGCAUGGCCAGUGUCAUUUCCAGGCUGGACUUCAACGGCUUCUACACGGAGCGCCUAGAGCGCCUGUCUGCAGAGAGGAGCCAGAAGGCAGCCCCUCAAGUACCCGUCCUGCGGGGACCCCCAGCACAAACACCCAGGGUGGCGGUCGCCGCACAGUGAGCCCCUGGCUGCAGCUCACAGGAAGGGCUGGGCCAGGUGUGCCAUAGUGCAGAUGGGCUUGGGUCUGAGCACCUCCUUCCUGGAGCACGUGUUGUGCGGUUGUCCUACUUAGACACGUGUGUGGUGUGUGUCAUUGCUGUAGAGUGCUGUCUGUAUUGCUGUCUAGCUCAGGGCUCCUCGUUCUCCAGGCGCUGGGUGUCUUGAUGUGCAAGCUGCCCAGUGCAGGGUGAGGUCUCCUGGACUUUCCUGAUUUAUCUUUUAAAAUCAGGCUUCACCUUUUUUGGUGUUUUUUGUCUCAAAUAAAGACAAAGUAAAAA